ACUAUGCAUUUUUAUUUUAAUUUUAUUAUAGAUACCUAAUAUAUUGAAUCUAUGGCUCCUCUGCUCUCUAAGGAGAAGAGAGAAUACCAUUUUAAAAGAAAUCAUGUACUUUUUCAAAAAAUCAUUUGCUGUUGCUGCCUUGAAAAGAACAACAGAUGCAUUCCAGUUAAUAAAAAUUUGGAAGGCCUGGUUCAAGUUUUCUGUAAGCCUGAGUUUUCACUUAAAGUAUUUGCCUACCCUACAGGAUUAUGCCCAGGUUGCAAGAAAAACUUAUAUCUCUGUAAGGCUGGUAAAACUAUUGCAGACACAGUUACUUUAAAAUGGAAAAAUUCUGAUUUGUCUAGCUUGCAAACCUCUAGAGAUUGCUCAAUAUUAUGCAGUAUAUGCAGUCAAGGAAGAAAUAGAUUAUUAAAUAAAAAUAUGAAAAAGGGAACUAGCUCAACACUGAAAUUUUGCCAAAUAUGUUUCUGUGAAAUUGCUAAAGGUAAACCCCACAAAUGUUCCCCUUUAAAGAGUAGCACAAAUCUUUCUGAGAGUAUUUCUAAAAUUUCUAAAAAAGUAAAAGAACAAGUAGCUUCUUCCCUUCUAAAAGAAAUUUAUUCUGAUCAAGAACAAAGUCUAGGAGCUCAAGCCAUUCUCAGAACAGGAGGUAAAAGUAUUCAUAUUACACUCGGUACUCGGGAAAGUGACCAGAGAAAGAUUCCUUAUAAUGAAGUAGAAGUUUUAGUAAAUACCUUAGGACUUAGUCAAUUGAAGUCAUAUGAAAUGUUAAAAACAUUGAGGAGAAGCGGCGUAAAGUUUGAGUCAAACAUAGAGAAAGCCCUGGAUGAAAAAAGUAAACUACUUUCCAACUUUUAUGUCACUGAAUUAUUAGACUUUCAAGAAAAGGAAAAAGAUAAUGACUAUGCUACAGUGAAGAGACACUUGGUAUAUAUUGAAGAUAUUACAACAUUUCUGGAUUUUGUAAUUAAAUAUCGAGGGCAGGUUCCACAAAACACAUUUGUAAAGGUUGGAAUAGAUUCAGGUGGAGGAUCACUGAAAGUUAUAGUAAAUCUGUUUGAUCCAACCAAGGACAGGACAGAAGAUAGCAGCUCCUUAGGAUCAUACUCAGGAGCAAAUACGUCACUUGUUUUAGCUUAUUGUGAAAGGGUAAGUGAGAAUCAUUUUAACAUGACAAUGAUUGUGGAAAAAUUAAAAUUGCAUGAAUGCAAGUACUCAUUGGCUUCUGACAUGAAGUUAAUCAACAUAUUGCUAGGAAAAUCGGCUCAUGGAGGAAAGUAUGCUUGUGCAUGGUGUGAAGGUUCUUCAGAAUUAUUUUCUGGAGAGUUAAGAACAUUUCAAUCUUUGAAUAAUUACUAUGAACUGUAUUCAUCUGCAGGAUCUCCGGUGAAAAGAAUGAAAGAAUAUAAGAAUGUCAUUAAUCCUUGUCUGCUUAAGAUAGAAGACAAAUCUCUAAGUAUAAUAAGAGAGAUUCCAUUACCAGAACUUCACCUUCUGAUGGGAUUUGUUAACCAUGUGGCAGAAUUUAUAAUGCAACUUUAGCCUGGAUUUAUAGAUUGGGUCAAGAGCAUUGGAUGCCUUCGAAAAGGUUACCAUGGAGGAACAUUUGAAGGAAACACGUGUAGAGAGAUACUUAAAAGUUGCGACAAACUUGAGUUGAUAAUUUCUGUUGAACUGUAUCCUCUCUUAGAAACAAUGAGAAAAUUUAAUAAGGUUGUUCAUGGUGUCUUUACCUAUAAACUUGACCCAAACUAUUCAAUUUUAAUUGAAAGUUUUACACAAAGCUAUAAGGAUGCACAAGACUAUUGCAGAGAGGUAAUUGCUGUUUUCUUUACCCUUUGUAUUUAAAACCAAGUUAUUGAUAAACAUAUUUAUAGUAAGCUUUUUUAGUUUUUAGGUAAACAGCUCACGGUUACUUGGAAAGUACAUGCUGUAACAGCACAUCUGGAAACAUUUGUUGAUUUGAGUGGCCUUUCCCUUGGGCAGUUUAAUGAGCAGACAUCUGAAUCUUGCCAUUCCAAGAUGAAAAGUGUAAUAAACAGGUUUGGAGUCUCGCAUUACAGCAACAAACAUAAAGAAAGAAGCAAAAGAAUUGCUGAAGUGUUCAGUUCAAAUAAUUUAUAAGUUAUUGAACAUUAAUUGUACAUCAAAACAUAAACAUUAUUGAAAUCUUAAAGUUAAAAAAAUUUGUAAAUUUAUUCAAAAAGACACUAAAAAUACAUUAGUAU